AUGGCACAUGAUAAAAUCACAAAGGCACUUAAAAAUAUACUCAAUAACGUAAAUUAUACGAAUUAUAACCUGAAAAUCGAAGAAAUCUCUACUGGAGGCGCAAAUUAUACGUCAAAUUUGUUCAAAGUCGAAGUUGUCCCUGAAGAUGAUAAACCAACCCUACAUCUUUUCGUGAAAGUGGCAUGUCCCAGUGUGAAGCUGCGGAGUACUUUGGACGAGUGGAAAAUUUACACAACAGAACAAUUAUUUUACACAAGGUUGUUAAAAACGUACAAAGCUCUGGAAAAUGAACACCGUGUUCCGAGCGAGGAGAGACUACAUUCCUGCAAGUAUUAUGGGUCAAGUUUAGUCGUUCUUGAGGAGAUGAUAGUACUUGAAGACCUAACUGCUAGCAACUGGUUGGCUUACGAUAGGCUGAAAUCAAUAGAUUGGCCCUACGCAAAAGCUGCCAUCUCCCAACUCGCUAAAUUUCACGCAUUAUCCUUCGCCUACGGCGAAAGUAACCCCGAUGAAUUUAAUCAAGUUUUAGAUGAAUUAAAAACUCAAAUGAAUCAUGAAUCUUUAGCUACUUUUGUGGAGAAUGCCAAAAGUGUUGCAUUGCAAAAGGUCAAGUCAGAACGGAAAAAUCUUUUGAAAGAAUAUUUAAAGGACUUUGAAGCAAAGAUAAAGAAGGUGAAUGAACCUUCUAGUCAUAAUGCCAUUACUCAUGGGGUUUUUAGACCUAGUAAUUUGAUGCACAAGACUAAAGAGGAUGGUUCAAUGGAAGUUAUUAUCGUGGAUAUGCAAACUCUGCAGGGUGCUAGCCCCGUUGCAGAUUUAUUGUAUUUCAUCUUUACUGGAUCUGAUAAAGAAUUCCGCGCUGAGUACUACGAUAAACUAAUAGAUCAUUAUUAUUCGGAGCUGGAAGCGGCCAUGAAGAGACUGCACAUGGAUCCUGAGAAGAUUUACUCUAGGGCGGUUUUCGACCAAGAGUUCAAAGAGAAACUUCCACUCGGGCUGACGAUUGCAGUGUUCGCGCUGCCAGUCGUGACGGUGUCUCCGGACAAGGCUCCCAAGGUCGACGAAGAUAUGGAACUGUCCGCGUUCUCUGCAGAGACGGCUAGUGACUUAUAUGUCGAAAGGUUAAACGGAGUUGUUGACGACUUUGUGAAAUGGGGUUUACUGAAGUAG